UUGAACCAGAACUCUAGUAGACUAAUAAGUCUACCCGAUAGUUGAAUAUGAUGAUGGCACGAAAAUUCAAAGUUAUGUUUUACGUGACGUUGUUGAGUAUAGUUUUAAAAAUUGUCCAAAGUAAGGAUUUGUCGAGACCAAUUAUAGAAGUGCAUCAGGGUAAAUUGCGAGGUGUUGAACAGCUGACUGUCAAUGGCAAUAAUUAUUUUGCGUUCCGAGGUAUUCCGUACGCGAAACCGCCAAUCGGGGAGCUGAGAUUCAAGGAUCCAGAGCCAGCGGAAGAAUGGUCUGGUGAGAGAGAAGCGAAGAAAUUUGGUAACACCUGCCCGUUCAGCUAUAAGGCGUUAAUGGGGAAAGAAGAUUGUCUUUUUUUGAACGUUUACACAACGACGUUGACACCUGACGUACCACGGGCGGUUAUAGUGUCGAUUCAUGGCGGUUCCUUUUUCUUGGGCUCUGGAAAUGAUCAAUUAUUUGGUCCGGAUUUUCUUAUCGAGAAGGACGUUAUUUUGGUCACGAUAAACUACCGUCUAGGAAUAUUAGGUUUUCUUAAUUUGGACGAAGAAGAGGCUUCAGGUAACCAGGGGUUAAAAGAUCAGGUGAUGGCUCUGAAAUGGGUACAGCAGAACAUUGACAAAUUUGGUGGAGAUCCAAAUAAUGUUACCAUUGCUGGUGAAAGUGCCGGAAGUGCUGCCGUUCAUUAUUUGACUUUAUCUCCUCUAGCUGAAGGAUUAUUUCAUAAAGCUAUUUUACAAAGCGGAGUUGCAACGAAUCCAUGGGCAAGUACAUCAGCAGAGUCUAUAAUCAGAGAAAGUGAAAAAAUAGCAGAAAAAUUGGGAAAUAAAGUUUCCGAUACGAAACAAAUUCUUGAAUAUUUCAAAAGUGUCGAUUUGGAUAAACUAAUCAAUGCAUCGCAGCCGCCUAUGGCGAUGACGAAUAUGUCGGAGCUCAAACUUCCUUUCGUUCCGUCGAUAGAUUCAAAAUCAAAAAAUCCAUUUUUGGGAAUUCCAGUAGAAGAAGCUGCUAAAUCUGGUAUUAAAGUUCCACAUAUUAUCGGCUACACAAGUCACGAGAUCAUUGCGCUUUUCGCAGUUGCGGAAGAUGAACAGUACUCUAUAAUAAAUGACAAUCAAGACACGUUCUUUCCAUUUCCAAGUGAAAAAAAAUUUUUGCAGGACCGAAAUGUGUCUUUGAAAGAUAUUAAUGAAUUUUUCAUGGGUUCAAAAAAAAUUGCAAAAGAAAAUGCUCAAGCGCUUACAGCUUUACUAAGUGCUAGAUUUUUUAUAAUAAACAUCCACGACACACUUGAAACUCAAUUGUCAGUAUCCGACAUACCAGCAUAUCUGUAUAAAUUUGAUUAUUACUCAAAAGAGACCUCGUUACUACGGAAAUUUUUGCACACAGAUUUGGAAGGUACUUCGCAUGCUGAAGAUCUACUUUAUAUGUUCUUUCCCAAAAUAUUAAAAAUGAUGGGAAUAAAGCCACCAGCUCCCGGUACAACUGAACAUGACAUUCAGCAACGAUUCGUUGAACUGUGGACCAAUUUUGCAAAAACUGGAAUUCCAAAUUCAAAAGUAUCUGAAUUAAUUCCUGUUAUAUGGGAACCCGUGGACAAUCCAACUGAGUACAAGUGUCUUAAAAUAUCAGAAGAUCUCAGUCUUAUCAAUGAAUCGAAUAUUUUACAUAAAAUAAAAAGUAGUCAGAAUAAAAACUUGAAUGUGAUGAUGGAGCGAAAAUUUAAAGUUAUGUUUUACGUGACGUUUUUGAGUAUCGUUUUGAAAAUUGUCCAAGGUCAGGAUUUGUCUGUAAAUUCGACAGUUAGUAGACCUAUUGUACAAGUGCAUGAGGGUAAAGUGCGAGGUAUUGCAGAGACGAAUGUCAAUGGCAAUAAUUAUUUCGCGUUCCGAGGUAUUCCGUACGCGAAACCGCCAAUCGGGGAGCUGAGAUUCAAGGAUCCAGAGCCAGCGGAAGAAUGGUCUGGUGAGAGAGAAGGAAAGGAAUUUGGUAACGUCUGCCCGAGUUAUGGGUUUUCUAAAAUGGUAAUGGGGAAUGAAGACUGUCUUUAUUUGAACGUCUAUACAACGGAAUUGAAUCCUGAUGAAAAACGAGCUGUCAUGGUCUGGAUUCACGGGGGCGCUUUUGUGCUCGGAUCUGGAAACGAUGAUACGUAUGGUCCGGAUUAUCUUUUAGAGAAAGAUGUCGUGGUAGUUACGAUAAAUUACCGACUUGGAGUAUUCGGGUUUCUUAAUUUGGACGACGAAGAGGCGCCAGGUAACCAGGGUUUGAAAGAUCAGGUCAUGGCUUUAAAAUGGGUACAGCAGAAUAUUGAUAAAUUUGGUGGCGAUCCAAAUCGCGUUACUAUUUUUGGUGAAAGUGCCGGGGGUGCCGCAGUUCAUUAUUUGACUCUUUCUCCCCUCGCUCAAGGGUUGUUCCAUAGAGCGAUUUUACAAAGCGGCGUUGCCACUAACCCGUGGGCAAGUGUGUCGACAUCCAUGAAAGAAGAAGCUCAAAAAAUAGCUGGGAAAUUGGGGAGUGAAAUUUCAGAUACGAAACAACUUAUCGAGUAUUUUAAGACCGUUGAUACAAAGAGUUUACUUGAGGCCGAGGAGUCUUUUAGAUCUUGGAAGAAUUUCUAUGAAAUCAAAUUUCCCUUCGUGCCAUCAGUAGAUUCAAAAUCCAAAGAUCCAUUUCUCAGUAUUCCGGUGCAAGAAGCUGCUAAAUCUGGUAUCAAAGUUCCUCACAUAAUUGGCCAUACAAGUCACGAAGGAAUCAUAUUUAUCGCAGGUCUACAAGACGAUAAUUACGCAGAAAUAGAAGCCGAUGACACUUUAGUACUUCACCCAAAUCAAAGAAAAAUUUUGCAACACUUGAAUAUAUCCGUUGCGGACGUGAAGAAAUUUUUCAUGGGGAACAAAGAAGUGAAACGUGAAAACGAUAAACAGUUCGUAGAUUUAGUUAGCGCGGGACUUUUUUUGAUGAAUAUUCAUGACACAGUGGAAAUUCAAACUUCAAUUCCUGGUGUACCGACAUACUUUUAUAAAUUUGAUCACAGCUCAGGAAAUAUUUCAGCAGUGAAAAAAAUGUUCAAGACCGAUUUGGAAGGAACUUCUCAUGCCGACGAUCUGUCAUAUUUGUUCCUGGCCAAAAGUGCAGAAGAACUCGGGAUCAAACCGCCGGCUUUGGGUUCUACUGAUUAUAUUGUCAAAGAGAGAUUCGUUGAACUAUGGACCAAUUUCGCCAAAACUGGAAACCCGAAUUCAAAAGCGUCGGAAUUGAUUCCUAUUGAAUGGCAACCGGUUGAUAGUUCUACUGAAUACAAGUGUCUAAAAAUUUCAAAAGAUCUCAGUUUGAUCAAGGAAUCAAACAUUUUACAGAAAAUAUCAAAAAGUCCCCAUAAAAAAAAUUUAUCCUCCCUAUUAUCAUUUUACGUCGAUUCCCUAAUACAUUUAUUGGAUGAUUUCAAAUCUAAAUUAACAAAUUGAUGAUUUAAUGAACCCUGAUUAAACAACUGAAUUCGACCGAAUUAAAAAUUUUAAUUCUGUUAUAUUCUGUCGAAUUCCGCAAAACAGAAUUCAACUGAAUUGAAAAUUUAAAUUUGAAUUUAACAGAAUAAAUCGAUUUAAAAAUUUCAAAUUCGUUUUAAUUCGGAUUCAGAACCAGAAAUUGGAGAAUUAUUUUCGAAUUAAUCAGAAUUAAACUGAAUAGAAUUAUUUAAAUUCGUUUUAAUUCGGGCCAAUUCUGGUUUUCCUGCCAAAUUAGACAGAAUUCAUUUUUAAGUUAGGUACCAAAUUAACAGAAUUUAUCUGAAUUAAAUAGAAUUGAAAAUUGAAUUCUGUUUAAUUCGAUCGAAUUCAGUUGUUUAAUCAGGGAAAUAUCUGCUCUGUAAAAUAUAAAUGUAUUGAAUUGAAAGCAAAUAAAAAAAAUAUCUAGUGA